CGGGAAAUUAGGAAAGAGAAAAAGAAAAUAGGAAAGUGGGAUAUACGAGACACACUAUUACACGUGGCAACAGUUGAUAUAAGGCUAGUGAUGAAAAUCCGUAGAGCGUAAACACCACGCGUCACACCAUCAACAUUCAACAAUCAACUAAAAAACCCUACCUCACCUUGUCAAGUUAAACUGCCUCCGUUUGCUCCGCUUAUCUUCCCUUCUUUUGCCGCCACUGCCGCCCCUUUUUUGCCGGGAUCUGACGUCAUGAUGGCCGGAAACCACCACCAGAGCUCCGUUAUCCUUCCGUGCUCUCUACGUCAAGCAACUCCUGCCACGAUUAUCACCACUAUUUCAACUAUUAUAGCCAACACCAUUCAUUGAAAGCCUCCAUUUUGUCACUUCAUUUGUCUCUCUGUUAUCUUUCGACGUUUAAGGCUUAGCCUCGCGUCAAUAGCUCUUUUGCAUAUCGGGUUAAGUUUUCGGAUCUUCGUGUUUGGGUUGGUGUAUACAGUAUUCGCUUGUAUUUUCGGUGAAAAUGGCUGCUCUGAAGAGUUACGGUAUCGGCUUGAGGGAAUCUGCUAUCCAGUUUCCGCAUCCCAGUCGUUGGGAUGAUUACAAGAGGAAGAAUGCCAGAUUUUUGUCCCCAAAAGCAGCUGUCAUACCAAAUUUCCAUCUCCCAAUGCGCAGUUUUGAAGUUAAGAACAGGACAUCAGCUGAAGAAAUAAAGUCUCUUAGAUUGAUAACAGCUAUCAAAACACCGUAUCUUCCUGAUGGAAGAUUCGAUCUUGAAGCCUAUGAUGCUCUAGUGCACGUGCAGAUUGAAAAUGGUGUUGAAGGUGUAAUUGUUGGCGGCACAACUGGUGAGGGCCAAUUAAUGAGCUGGGAUGAACACAUAAUGCUUAUUGGUCACACAGUGAAUUGUUUUGGUGGAUCAGUUAAAGUAAUUGGAAACACUGGAAGCAAUUCCACAAGGGAAGCAAUUCACGCAACUGAGCAAGGCUUUGCUGUUGGAAUGCAUGCUGCUCUUCAUAUCAAUCCUUACUAUGGCAAAACCUCUAUGGAGGGAAUGGUUUCUCAUUUUGAUAGUGUGCUUCCUAUGGGCCCAACUAUCAUAUACAAUGUUCCUGGAAGAACUGGCCAAGAUAUUCCCCCACGAGUGAUUCACACAGUCGCACAGAGUCCCAACUUGGCUGGUGUUAAAGAAUGUGUUGGAAAUGAUCGUAUUGAACAGUACACUGGAAAUGGGAUUGUGGUGUGGAGUGGAAAUGAUGAUCAGUGCCAUAACGCGAGGUGGGAUCAUGGUGCCACUGGAGUUAUAUCCGUCACUAGCAACUUAGUUCCAGGUUUGAUGCGGGAGCUUAUGUUUGCAGGGAAGAACACUUCCCUGAAUUCAAAAGUUCUGCCCUUGAUUGAGUGGCUAUUUGAUGAGCCAAACCCCAUUGGCUUGAACACAGCUCUUGCUCAACUGGGUGUUGUGAGGCCAGUUUUCAGGUUACCCUAUGUACCUCUGCCUCUUGCUAAAAGGGUAGAGUUUGUGAAUCUAGUGAAGGAGAUUGGACGGGAGAAUUUUGUCGGAGAGAAGGACGUUCAGAUUCUCGAUGACAACGACUUUAUCUUGGUUGGUCGAUACUAACCAGUUUUCCUUGUGGGCGAAUACGAGUUAGGUUCGGUUCUUCAGUGUGGAUUUUAGGUUUCUAUGUAAUCCCCCAGCCUCUUUUUGAUUUAAAAUUAUGAUUAAACUGUUUAAUUUAAUAUGGCAGGUAGAAUUGUAAUGGUUUAUACAAUUAAAUUUAGCUAUGAUACGAUGCCGGUUUGUUGUUGUCGGAUGAAAUAAACGAUCCCUGCUGAUCAUUUUUUCC